UCACCGCCCGCCCGCGAGCGUCACGUGCAAUCAUUUGAAAUGGCCAUGGGUAACGGCCGGCUGCUGGCGCGCGCAGGCUCGGCAUGGCUGCUGGUGCUUCUGUGUUGCUGGUGGGUACCCGGCUCAUGCGUUGCCCGACCUGCUCGGGGUUCCGGCUUGGAAGCAUCUGCCCAGCCUCAGCCGUGCCAGGCCCCGCAGCAAUGGGAAGGCAGGGCUGUCGUGUACGACCACACCACGGGCAAGAACAGCCGGGUCCUCAUCUCAUACGAUGGACAGAACCAGCGUGUGCGAAUCCUGGAUGAGAAGAAAGGUCACAUUCCCUGCAAGAAAUUUUAUGAAUACAUAUAUUUGUAUAAAAACCCAGUCCUUUUCAAGAUUGAGCAAGUGACAAAGCAAUGCUCCAAACUGCCUCUUAUUCAGCCAUGGGACCCAUAUGAUAUUCCUAAUAACUCCACCUAUGAAGAUCAUUACAGCAUUGGUGGGCCAGGAGACCAGAUCGUGGUUCAAGAAUGGUCAGAUAGAAAACCUGCUCGUAAAUUUGAAACAUGGGUUGGAAUUUACACAGUAAAGGAUUGCUAUCCAGUGCAAGAAACUUACGCGAAGAGCUACAAUGUAACAAGUUCCACACGCUUUUUUGAUCUCCAGUUAGGGAUUAGUGACCCGUCUGUCUUCACCCCACCCAGCACCUGCCAGGCAGCCAGCCCAGAGGAGAUGAGCGAUGACUGCUGAGUAUAGGUAUUGGCUUACAAAUACAGCCAUCAUUUAUUAACUGUCACUAAUGAUCUUUUUUUGAAUGAUGAUGUAUAAGGGAACUGUUAGUUCAUUUCCCUCACAAAUAAUCUACUGAUUGGCAUAUUAUUUCCAAGGAAAAUUGGGUAUUUUUCAUCUUUAGCAUGUUUGUGUAAUCAUGCCUUGGAUCUGGGCUUGUGUCUGUGUGUACGUGCAUUGACAAAUAAUAAUUAAUUACCUGGAAUACAUUAACAGAAUUGCUUCAAAAUUGUACAAUUGUUUUAUUCUGUUGUAGUUGGUUCUUUACAUAUGUUUAAUAGUGUGUACAAUAAUAUAACCCAAAUAAAGCAAAAGACAACCGAGAGAACUGCAUUACUUUCAAAUAAUAAAUUAAAACACUGGGAUCUAUUAAAAACCAUGUUUUAAUGUAUGAAAAACCUCUAUUUUGAAAGUCGUACUUGUGUUCAAAAUAAGAAAUGUGGCACAGCAUUCGAUCAACAAUAUCCCUGCCUGAGGAUCAAAGAGUUAAAGUUUCUUCUGUGGUCCUUUACUGGCUUGCAAAAGAAUAUGCAACGUUUCUUCCAAUCUUACAUUUGUAAUUUGGGUGCUAUUAAUGAUCAUUAAUUAGGGAAGAGUUUAAACUUGAGAAUUCUGACAGGGAGUUCAUUUUUGUAUUUCCUGGGGCUAUUGUGUUAUUCUGUUAUCUGCUUUAUUUCACAAAUACUGUUCAGGCCCCCACCAUCUAAAACAGUGAUGGAUUUAUUACUUUAAAGUAGCUGUUGCUUUGAAGCAGAGCUGAAAUGAACUCCAUAGUGAUUCUAACUGUACAUUUUAACCGGAUACAUUUAUUCAGUAUUAUUCAGUAAUUUCUGAGUUUUAUGCAUGCACUGAGUUUCCCCCCAUGUUUAUUAUGAGGUGCUGCAAUUCAAUGUAAUGUAAUUACCUUUAAAUAAAAUCUUCUCUGAACACCA